CGAUGCUCUCUGGGAUCGACUAGUCAGCUACUAUCAUUACUAUCAUGCAGACUUUGUAAUCGAACGCAGAGACUCCCAUUGGUGUUGACGUGGAGUGCAAAUGUUGCUGCACUCGUAGAAAUUACUAGAAACGUCGAGGCGCCAUCAGUGAAUAAUCAUGCUGGAUUUUGCUAUUUUCGCAGUGACGCUUAUUGUCUUCUUGUUUGGCGCCGUGCUUUAUCUCUACCCGUCAUCCAGAAGAGCGUCUGGCAUCCCAGGUCUGAACCCGGCUGAUGAGAAGGAUGGGAACCUGCAGGACAUUGUCAACCGAGGAAGUCUGCACGAGUUCUUGGCUGCGUUACAUCAGGAGUUUGGCCCUGUUGCUUCCUUCUGGUUUGGUAGGCGUCCAGUGGUAAGCCUGGGCUCCGUCAACCAGCUCAGACAACACAUCAACCCCAACCACACAACCGACCCCUUUGAGACGAUGCUGAAGUCACUGCUGAAUUACCAGUCAGGACCAGGAGGCGGCGUCGGCGAGGCCGUGGUCCGAAAGAAACUGUAUGACAGCGCCAUCAACAACACUCUGAAGAACAACUUCUCCUCGGUGCUCCAGCUGGUCGAGGAGUUUGUAGGGAAGUGGGCGUCGUUCCCUGAGGCUCAGCACACGCCGCUUCGCGCACACCUGCUGGGUCUCUCCAUGAAGACCGUCACCCAGCUGACCCUGGGCGAGCGCUUCAGGGAUGACGCCGACGUCAUACUCUUUCGCAAGAACCACGACGCGAUCUGGUCAGAAAUAGGGAAAGGUUACUUGGAUGGUUCCCUGGAGAAGAACUCUAGCAGGAAGGCACGUUAUAUGACAGCUCUGUCAGAGAUGGAGUCUGUGUUGCUGUCUGUGGCCAAGGAGAGAAAAGCCAAGCAGAGCCAGCUGGUGUUUGUGGACACCCUGCUUCAGUCCAGUCUCACAGAGCGACAGAUCAUGGAGGACUGUAUGGUGUUCACUCUGGCCGGAUGCGUCAUCACCGCCAACUUGUGUGUCUGGGCUCUUCACUUCCUGUCCACCUCAGAAGAAAUCCAGGAUAAGUUAUAUCAAGAGCUGGAGGAUAUUUUGGGCUCAGGGCCCAUUUCUUUGGACAAAAUCCCUCAGCUCAAAUACUGCCAGCAGGUCCUGAAUGAGACUGUUAGAACCGCCAAGUUGACCCCCAUUGCUGCCCGACUGCAGGAAGUGGAUGGAAAAGUGGACCAACAUGUCAUCCCCAAAGAGACCCUUGUGAUCUACGCUUUGGGAGUUGUACUGCAAGAUUCCAACAGCUGGAGCGGUGCAAACAGAUUUGACCCGCAUCGAUUUGAGGACGAGUCCUCCAGGAAGACUUUCAGUCUGCUUGGUUUUUCCGGCAAUCAGACGUGUCCAGAGCUCAGAUUUGCCUACACCGUAGCUACAGUCCUGCUCUCCACGUUAGUGCGGCGACUUAAGCUUCACCGGUUGGAGGGUCACGUCCUGGAGGUCCGAUCAGAGCUGGUAUCGACACCAAAGGAUGAAACCUGGAUCACAGUCAGCAAAAGAACUGUAAAAUAGUCUCUUUUUUGGAAAUGACCUGUUAAUGUUCAUCAUUUAAGAAGGCUCUGGUCAAAAUACAUUUUUACACAAUACCGCUUAGAUGUGUGGUCCAUGUUUUAACAUUUCCAUGAAGUUCGGAAUCCAAUAAAUGUGUAGUGUUUUCAUUGAGGGC